GGCCAAGCCGUGCUCUCAACGUUUCUACCAACCCAACGCUUUCUCCUUCCAGCAUUUUGACGACCCUCUAUUUCUAGCGAACGGAGGAGGCGUACAGUUAGUUUAUUUUUGAUGUUAUCGAUGCCCCGUCGCCCGCCUUACUGGUUUAUUUUGAAGCAAGCGGGGGUUUUCUCCCACGGUUCAACCUCCCACUACGAUGAGUCAGAUGUAUAAGGCUCGGACGCCCGAAGAGUUCGCGAGGCUCUCGCAACAGCAUGGGGACCUGCGUCUUCUGGCCCAACUCACGGAAACGGAACUGACGAAGCCUGCGAGCAGAUGGACCUUGCGGCAUCUGCUGGGCUAUCGGUUGAUAACCCUCCCCGAACGGUCCUUCCUGGACAUUCUCUUCGCGGAGCAUGAAAGCUGCCCGGUCUGUCACCCAGAGGGGCCCCGGGCACUCGAACUGGACCACUACUGGGCCCAGGUUCUCAUGGCUACCCCGCCCAGUCUGUACGAUACAACCGAUUCAGACCUCUUGCGAUUGCCGGGUGGUUUCUUUUGGGUCGCGCUGGCCCGAGCAUCCCGUGGGGAUAGCCUCCCCAGUACGAGAGUCCAUCCGCGCCGCCAGCGGCGGCCUCCUCCGCGGGAUGCCUACGUCAAUUCCACCAGCGCCAUUCUGGGAUCUUCAUCGCCCACCCAACCGUCUUCAUCCGACUUCGAACCCCAAUGGGAUGACAUUGACGAGGAUGAGUAUGAUGCUCGACGGACCCAGCCUGAGGAUGUGACAGUGCACCUGCUCCUCUCUUUCCUCCAGUUUGCCCUCAACCUUUGUCUGGUACAGGACGCAACCGGAUCCCGUGAAGCACGACCGCGUAUCGAGCGCCGAGCAUCCAUCGCCCGUAUAGCUGGGCAGACCGAUAUAAGAGCUGAGGAUGAUGGUGGAAUUUGCUGGAUGACCCGCGGGGAUCUCGGUUGGACCACGCGACACCCAUAUUUUGCCCUGCUUGAAGCCAAGAAGGCGUUCAAGUCCAUGUAUAUCGAGGAGCGCACCGGGAGGUCCAUGCCGAGGGUAUCAAACGAGACACUGGCCCAAUACCUCGGUGAGGCGCUGGUUGCAUGGAGAGCCAAUCGGGAUUUUCUAAAUCAAGAUGUUUUUCUUAUCGUCGGGACCAACGCCUUCGUACGGUUCAUCAAUUUCAAGUUCAACACCGGGUAUGAGGAAUACCUGGAUGCGGAGAGUGAAGCAGCCCAGACAGCUGUGGUCCAACGUGGAGAUGGCAACGUGUUUGCCUAUAUGCAUAGUACGAAAUGGUUCUGCCUCCAGUCGUCCGAAGGGAGGGAAGCCGCGCUGUGCCACGUCCUGGCUCUAAUCAGGUGGCAGGUUCACCAGGGUGGGACGGUUCUGCAAUUCACAGAACAGGCAUCCAGGGCUGAGGAUAGCAGCAAUGAUUCCAUGGAUGAUGACAGUGAUUAGGCUCACACAGAACACAGAUAGUGUGGGUGAUUUAGCUAUGCAGCAUGCCUGUAAUGAACAGUAAUUUAAUUUUAAUAAAUAGUAAGCUGAUGUAGUUAGGUUCCAAAA